AUGGAUCACUUUAAAAGGCCGUUAAAAACCGACAUCGAAGAAAUAUUAAGUCGCUUUCAGGACACAGCGUCAGUGCGAUUCGAAGAGUUUUUGACCAUAUGGAGAGGCAUGAACUUUCCUAUCAUCUUUAAUGGUAAAUUGGAACCGUACGAAAAGAGCACGUUUAGUCGUUUGGUCUUCACCACCGCGGCGCCCUAUUUUUUCCCACCGUAUACCUUCCAGAUCCGAGUCGGAGGUCUUUACCUUCUGUACGGUCUGUAUCACUCCCAGCUAGCCACACCGAAAGAAAAGAUUUGGCUGGCGUUGAGUGACUGGGAGCACGUGAAGAGGUUCCAGCAGGAUGCAGCGGAUGCGCAGCACUAUGAUGUAGUCUAUGUCCUGAGGAAGCUCUUGGCUGAGAAAGCGUUCUACUUCACCGCCAUGCCCAAGCCAUUGUACUUCAGGGUGAGGAGGAAGCAGGAGGAGUCUGAGCAGAAAAUGUGUGAGGAGUUCAUUGACCGGCCAUCCAGGCCUCAGGAGCUCAUCAGUGCUGAAAUGCUGGAGGAGUUGGCUAAUGUUCAUGAGCACUAUGAGAGACUGAAGAUGGGCAUCUCUGCUGCGUCAGGACAGUCCAGUUCUGAUCUGGCCUUGAUCCGUCAGAAUCUGGCCCCUAGACUCCGUAAUGCCAUGCUUUCUUUCCACAGCUGGCAGAAGAACCACAUGGAAAAUGAAAAUUGCAAUACUGCUGUGGAGAGAAGCACUAGUGAGAGAAACUCUAAGGUAGAAGAGAGUUCCCGCAGGGCGCAGCUUCUGGCAUCUAUCAAAUCAAAGUCCUAUGGACAAUUGGUAGAGGCUUCCAAAUCUCGCCGCCACCGCCAAGCAGAGAUGGUGACGGCGACCAGUGAUGCAGAGUCCACACACAGGACUUCAGGAUUCAAGAGAAGAGCCCUGUCUCUAAAAGAGCGCACCAAAACGCGCCUCAUGGCUCAGGGAAAUGUGAAAGAGGAAGUGCUGAAGAUGACCCGGCUCUGGCGUCUGAGUGCUGUCGAGGACGAGAGGACAGAAGAGAAGAAAAAAAGAAAAUUUGCAUGGAAAGUGGAAAGCGAGGCCUGAACAGACCCAGUCUGAUUGGACAGGCGCUGUCUGACUGGAUGGACUCUCCUUUUGUUUGGACGCUUUGCACCAAUCCUUUAUCCUCCAGGUGGUCACAUGAGAUAGGUGAUAAUCCACAUCCUGGGACAUGUGACAGAAAGACUCUCUGUCUGACUCCCUGUUUUCAAGGAUGGUCAAAAAUGCCAAAAGGAUUGGAUUUUAUGA